AUGGCUCUUCUGUACAGAGCCUGGGGCUUCAAGAGUCUCAGUCGUAGCUGUCGGCGACUAGCAAUCACCCAACAUCGCUGUCUGUCUGGCAAAGACAAGCUCUUCCAAGUCUCGGAGGAGGUCCAAGAUGCUCUCGCUACGGGCAAGCCCGUUGUAGCGUUAGAGACGACAAUCUAUACCCAUGGCUUUCCAUACCCUGAAAAUGUCGCGUUAUCGUCGCAUCUCGAAUCUCUGGUCCGCGUAAACGGCGGCGUGCCUGCGACAAUUGGCAUCCUCAAUGGCACGGCUCGCAUCGGCAUGCAAACUGAGGAACUCAUAGAACUUGUCUCUACAGCUGGAAGUGAAAAUACUUGGAAGAUAUCAAGGCGAGAUCUGGGCUUCAUUGGUGGUCUGGGUCUAAGAGGACAGCGACUCAAUGGCGGAACUACAAUUGCUGGGACGAUGGUGCUUGCGCAUCUCGCGGGCAUCAAGAUCUUCGCAACCGGCGGACUUGGUGGUGUUCAUCGAGGAGGCGAGAAGUCUAUGGAUGUCUCUGCGGAUCUGACAGAGCUGGGAAGAACACCGGUCGCUGUGAUCAGCUCCGGGUGUAAAUCCUUUCUCGAUAUCCCACGAACACUGGAAUACCUCGAGACUCAAGGUGUUGGAGUCGGCACGUUUGCAGACGGCAGGGAGGGCAACGUCGAUUUUCCUGCGUUCUUCUCGCGGGAUAGCGGCGUCAAAAGCCCAAAGGUCAUCCUUGACGAAGCCGAUGCGGCUGCUAUUGUUUACGCGCAGUCGCAAUUUCCCGUCCAGUCCGGCCUCUUGUUUGCCAACCCAGUUCCGGAGCACUCAGCAAUGCCAAAGCAGGACAUCGACUCCAUCAUUUCCCAAGCUGUUGCUGAGGCCGAGGAAAAGAGCAUCCGCGGAAAUGCUAACACGCCUUACAUCCUGAAGAGGAUCAGGGAAUUGAGUCAGGGUUCCAGUGUCAAGGCGAACAAAGCACUCGUCGAGGCAAAUGUGGUCCGCGGUACCAAAGUCGCGGUCGAACUGGCAAAGCUUGAACGGCGUGAUGGUGCUGCACCUCAGCGAGAGAACAAUGUUGUCACAAAAUUCGGAAGCACAUCCAAGAUGGAAGCGUCAAAGCAGGCUGCUUCAGCUAUGGCAGACAGUCCAUCGCCGCAAGCACAGGCACAAGAGACCCAGCCGAUAGAUAUACUGGUUGCCGGAUCUCUCGCUAGCGACACGAUCUGUGAUUAUCAACCCUUUGAUGAUUUUCCGACGCUGCCUUCGCCUGUUCUACACACUUCGAACCCUUCGAGCAUUUCUCAGUCCGCAGGUGGAGUCGGUCGCAAUGUGGCCAUGGCCGCACACCUGGCUGGGGCGAAAGUCUCCUUGGCAAGUGUGGUAGCGGACGACUUGGCCGGUUCGUCGCUUCUUGAUCACAUUGGACAAAGCGGCUUGACAACCACGAACAUUCGACAACUUAUGACUACAGAGGGCGCACGGACUGCGCAAUAUGUUGCAGUCAACGAUAGCAGUAAGGAUCUUGUGCUGGCAAUGGCAGAUAUGUCAAUUUUGGGUCGACCAGAAAUGGAGUCAUUAGAAUACUGGACGACCAUCAUGAGCCAGAAUAAACCAAAAUGGGUUGUUGCUGAUGCUAAUUGGUCUCCGGCCAUUCUCUCAUCGAUUUCCACCGCGGCCAAGGCGCAUAAAGCUAUGCUAGCCUUCGAGCCUGUCUCGACUGCAAAGGCCGCUCGACUGUUCCACAAAGCCAACAACGUGAUGAUGACGGGCGGGGUUGUGCCAAAUCACGUCGUCAGCCUUGCCUCUCCAAACAGCAUAGAGCUAACCGCGAUCUACAAUGCUGCCAGAGAUGCGAUGAUGUUUGAGUCGGAGCAGUGGUGGAAGGUGGUUGACAGCUUUGGCCUUGCAGGUACCGGUUCUCGAGAUCGACUGGCUUCCAUAGCUGGAUCCGAUUUGGUGGACGAGGGUAUUCCACAACAGUGCAUACAGCUUUUACCACUAAUUCCGAACCUGGUGACGAAGCUGGGGCAUAGGGGUUGCCUUUUGAUGAGCCUGCUCCGACGUAUGGACGAACGCCUCACGCGUCCCGAGUAUGCGCCCUACAUACUCUCAAGGAAUCUGUCAGACAGCUCGGAGAUUGGUGGAGUGUAUAUGCGCUUGUUUCCUCCAUCUCGAGAAGUGAAGCAGGAGGAGAUUGUCUCGGUCAAUGGCAUUGGUGACACAAUGUUAGGCGUCAUUGCCGCAGGGCUUGCGAAAGGGUACACACUCGAAGACGUGAUACCCAUCGCUCAAGACGCCGCGGUACUGACAUUGAAGUCUCCGGAAGCAGUGUCACCUGAAGUUCGAAGUAUCCAAGCAAGGCUCAUGUAAGAAAGUGGUCUGCUUCUCACGUCCGACUACUCUGCUGGGUGCCCCGAUUGUACCAAGAUUUGAGCGGCCAAUUGCGUAGGUUGGAAGAGACAAAGGCAUCUUAGUCAUCAGCCGAAGCGUGCCUUGUGCCAAUGCUCAUGAACCUCGAGGCUAUGGCAAUCAUCUUUCAAUUCGCAGUUUUCGGGUGUCAUGCUUACAGCCGUGCAUCGCGAUAUUUCUUGUGAUUUAUGGAACCAUGAGACUAGCCCGAGUCAUUGACCUCACUCUCCCUCUUUUCGCCUCGAGCAUAGCAGUCGCUUUUCCUACAGAUACAGCAAACAUCGAUCCGGCGAUUUCCGAGAUCACAAUAAGUGGUUGCAACUCUACGGAGCCAGUAUUUGGUCUCAAGAUCCUCGAGCCUAGCAGUCAAAUCAACCAAAGAAUAGUCGCGCGACAGUCCGGCUGCCCCAGUCCUUCAACAGAUUCAUUCUGUCGGACUGGCUAUUGCUUUCUCUCCUCGAGCUACGAGGGUUCAACUUGGGGAACUUGCUGUCCCGCCGGAUGGUCCUUGUGGUUGGAUCAAGCGAUAUGGGAGAAGCAAAAGUGCUGUCCUCCAGGCACAUCAGGGUCUUCGUGUGAUGGAUCGCAGGCGCCUUUGGAACCUGAUGACUGCGGCAGCGGCGGGGAGAUUUCUGGUUGGGCUUGUGUCUAUGCGGAGCAGACGAGCGACAGCAGAAGGGCGGCGGCAUGUUCAACGUUGAUGGCGCCGGCUUUGGUUCUGUCCUGGAUCGGCAUCGUCAUGCUGUGAUGAUGAUUAAUGAACGAAUUUCUUCCUUUACAUUGGAUGAGGCACGCGUUAUACGAAGAAAAGGCUUCUUAAUGCUGCGAUGAUUACUUGCAGACAGUGCAUGAUAUGUUGGUUAGGUGAUGGAUGAAUGUUUACGGCCGUGGUUUGUUUUAAUGACUCUCUGAUUUUCUGCAGGACGAGAUCCUCUCGUGUUCCAAAG